GGGUGAAAAUGUAGGAAGUAACUUUUCAACUUCUCUCUGACGGCGAGCAGCAGCAGGAGAAGACGUGACACUAAUCCUCCAAACUUCUCCGAGACAUUUCCCCUUUCUUUUAAAAGGGAGCAUUAUCGACGCCGAAGUGCUCCCACGUUGCUUCUGCGUCAUUUAAAAGCGGACUCAAGUGGUUCCUUCGCUUACCUUCACCGGAAAGCACAGGUGAACAUAAAUAGUUGUUGUGGGUUCCCCCCCGUCGUCGUCGUCGUGUCAUUGGAUUUUUUUUUAAUACAUAUACACAAUAUACUGGAAAGACUCCUCGACAGAAGUGCUUUUUUCGAGAUGAAAUGAGUGUUUUUUUCUUAAAGUUUUUGCUUUCAGUUUCUGCGAUGCUGUUCAACAGCAAACCAGUGAGAAGUAAAAGACGUGGACUGCAGAAGAAAACAAAACAAGAAAACAAAAAUGAUGAGCACUUCCAAUGGAGAGGCCCGUGUCGUACAGAUCUACCAGAGGCUGUCUGAGGAUGCAGCCACCCACUGCCCGCUGCAGGUGGGCGCAGGGGACACGGCCGGGGCGGUGGUCUCCAGCGCCGUGGUCACUCUGGGGCUGGACACCAGCCGCCAGUACAGCCUAGUGGAGGUGAGGACGAGCAGCGACGAGGAGCGGCGGCUGCGGUUCGACCACUUACCCCUUGAGAGGGUCCUGCUGUGGCCCCCGGAGGCCCAGAAGUGGCACCCGCAGAGCCUCGGGUACUACUUUGCCCUGGAGGAGGCUGAGCAGAAGCCCGCGGAAGAGUAUGACGAUCUUUGUAGCCUCCCCGCCGUGACCGAGGAUGCUGUUGUGGAGGCUUUGCAGCGACGUUUCCUCAAGCGCAAAAUCUACACGUACGCCGGCAACGUCCUCAUUGCGCUCAACCCUAACAAAUUCCUUCCGCUGUACUACAACCCAAAGUACGUCAAGAUGUAUGAGAACCAGCCGCUCUGCAAGCUGAGCCCGCACAUCUUCGCCAUGGCCGACCUGGCCUACAGGACAAUGCUGAACCGGAAGGUGGACCAGUGCAUGGUGAUGUCCGGCGAGAGUGGCUCGGGCAAGACGGAGAGCAGCAGCUAUCUGGUCCACUGUCUGACGGCGCUCAGCCAGCAGACUUACUGCAGCGGCAUGGAGCGCGCCAUCCUCGGGUCUAGCCCUGUGCUGCAGGCUUUUGGCAAUGCAAAGACUAUAGCGAAUGAUAACUCCAGUCGCUUCGGAAAGUUCAUGCAGCUCAACUACCUGGAGAGCGGUGUCAUCCGAGGGGCAGUUAUCAAGAACUACCUACUUGAAAAGUGCCGACUGGUUCACAGAGAUAAGAGGGAGUGGAACUACCACGUCUUUUACUACCUGCUGGCGGGAGCGUCCAAAGAAGAGCGUGAAGAGUUUAGUCUAUUAGCGCCUCAGGAUUAUCUCUACCUCAAGCAGGAAGACCUUUGCUUAGAUGAUGAGGAGAAGCUCAUGCAGGGGUACAGAAGGCUCCAUCAAGCCAUGGAGAUGGUUGGCUUCCUGCCUUCCACCAAGAAACACAUAUUUUCCACCCUUUCUGCCAUCUUGCUUUUGGGCAACGUGACCUUUACCCUGUCAGAAAACAACGAAGCUGUGGAGGUGGGGCCGGCUGACAUUUUGUCCAUCUUGUCAGAGCUACUCAAGGUCAAAAAGGAGCUGCUGGUGAAGACCUUGACCGAGAGGAGAGUUUCAAAAGACAGUGACACAGUGUUUUCACUGUACACGCUGCAGGAGGCCCUGGCGGCUCGGGACUCCAUGGCAAAGUCUUUGUACGCCGCUCUGUUCGACUGGAUUGUCCUUCACAUCAACCAUGCUAUGCUCAACAGGCGGGACAUGGAGGAGUCCGUUUCUUGUUUGUCUAUUGGGGUCCUGGAUCUGUUUGGCCUGGAGAACCUGCACACAAACAGUUUUGAGCAGCUGUGCAUCAAUUACAGCAAUGAGAAACUUCAGUGUUACAUGAACCAGCAAAUCUUCACACUUCAGCAAGAAGAUUAUGAGGCCGAGGGCAUCAGUUGGCAAAGCUUUGAGUACAGCGACAACAGCAAGUGUAUUCAGCUUAUCGGUCAAGGCCUCUUCAACAUGCUGGAUGAGGAGAGCACCCUCCCUCAAGCAACAGACGAAGCACUUUUGGACAAGUUAGUGCUGCAGUUCAAGGACAACUCACUCUUGGCAGCCUCUGUUGACCGUGAGUCGUCAUUUGCCAUUCAACACUUCGCUGGCAGUGUUACAUAUUGCAUCAAGGGCUUCCUAGAGAAAAACACAGACCAUGUGAGGCCUGAGGUCAUAUCGCUUCUCCGUGGCAGCGAGCGGGCAUUUCUGCAUCACCUGGUGGCAUCCAGUCCCGAGGCAGUCUUCCGUUGGGGUGUCCUCCGAGCCACCUUCCACAUCCUGGCAGUAUUCAAGAGCUUCGGACGGAAGCACGCAGAGAAGAUGGUCGCCCGACGCACCUCCCGAAAAUCCCUCAAAGACAUGAAACAUACGAGCAGCCACAUGGACAGAACUUCCAGCAACAGCUGUACCCUCGACUUCUCCUUCGAUCGCUCUGACGAACAUCCCCUCGAUGUCUUUGAGGAUAUCUUUACCAACUUCGAAAAGAGGAAGAAAACAAAAGCCGGUCGACAGAAGCAACUCAUUCCGAAGAAUCUCAUGAAUUUGCGCUCACUCCAGCAUGUUGUGGGUUUUGGGCCGCACGAUCACACCCGUAAAUCUGCCUGUCGACCUGCAGCAGCGACCGUUUGCAUGCAGUUUCAGGCAUCACUCACAAAGCUGAUGGACACCGUCAGAAAAGCUGAACCUUUCUUUAUUUUCUGCUUGUGCUCUAAUGCAGAGAAGAAAGAAUUUCACUUUGACGAAGAGCUUUUGCGACAUCAAAUCCGCUAUGCUGGCAUCCUGAAAAUGGUUCAUGUGCAGAAGUCUGGCUACAAUGCCAAAUAUACUUUUAAGGAAUUUGUUAAAAAAUUCGGAAUAUUACUUCCAAAAGAGGCAACCGAGUACACCGAACACAUAACUAAGUUGUUCACCAGGCUGGGCUUGGAUAAGACGACCUACCAAAUAGGAAAAAGCAAGGUAUUCCUUAAAGAAACGGAGAGACAGUUUCUGCAGGACACUCUCAACAAGGAAGUGAUGCGUCACAUCGUCGUUCUACAGCGUUGGUUCCGCGCAUGUUUGAUGAGGAUGCACUUCCUGCAGAAGAAAGAUGCCUCGCUCAUCAUACAGAGGAAUUGGCGUGAGUUUCAGGAGAAACGAAGCAAGGCCGCCUCGGUCAUCCAGGCUGCGUGGCAGACUUCACUGAAGAGGUCGGAGAAAGAGCUCAAGACAAGCACGAAAGGGAUGUCAACAGAAGGUCGACCCACACGAGCCAGCUCAUCAAGAAAAGACCUACGUCGACAAUACAAAGUGGAGCAGAGCCCCAACAGAACCGAGCAGGCCGACGCUGUCAACGGUCUGCCCGCUGCAAGCAGGGAGAGGCGAGGAGGUCGCGGUUCUCCACCGCCGCUCACCCGGCCCCUGUCGCUGCCUUUGGACCCCACAGUUCAUAGUGAUGACGGAUCCGGCGCCGGUGACUCCCAAAAGAGCACUUCCCUCCAGCGCUACAAAGACACGGGCGAGUUUAAGGAGAAGGCCGAGAGGUGGAGGGAGAAAAUAAGUGAUGAGUCGAGUCCGGAGGUGAACAGGCGGCGAGACAAACGCAAAGAUGACUUUCAGCACAAGGGGAAUUCCAAGUCUGCUGAUGAACUGUCCAAGAUCAGCUCGUCUGGCUCCGACAGCUCACCGUCUGCUCGCGAGGUCAGGGUUCGCUUGCGCAGAAACCCCAGGCGCAAGCGGCGCUUAGCCUACGCCCGCAGUGGCUUGAUGAUUAACUUUGCCGGCUCCAAGGAGAGCGAGUACUGGAGCUUUCCGCUUCCCCCCUUGAGCCCCCGCGCAUCCACCCUGAAGAAUUCAGCCAGUAGCGUGGAUGUUCGCACCCUCAAAUCUCAGGUCAAGAUCCCAACGGAGACAGACUCAUCAAGGUACAGCCUUCCUGCCAGGAGUUCCAAUGAAGAUUCAGGACAACAGCGAUCCGACCAAUCACAGCUCACUACCCCUGAGAAAAUUUGGUUUCUUAGUAGAUUCCUGCGCAAGUGGACGCCUAAAUUACCCACCAACAAUGAGACUCCCUCGCAAGAAAAAUCUGUGACCUUGCCCAGCUACAAGCCUCACCCCUACAAGAUGCCCGAGCAGAACUCCGGGCGGCUGGCACGCAACCCCACCAUCAAAAUCAGUCGGGCCACGCGAGCCCUGCAGUGGAGCUGCUCAUUGGACCGUGAGAUCAAAGACCCCAAAGAGCUGCGCAACCUGGAUGAGUUUCUCGGCAACCAAAUGAAUGACUUGCAGAUACGGAUCAAAGAGCUGUCACCAACAGAGAAUAUCUUCCUCAUGGCUACCAUGCAGUUCAGAGAGACCAUUAAAGGCAUGUUCUCUGUCCAGAAGCCUCAGAUCGGCUACAAAGAUCUGAUGAAAGGCUACCAAAACAAAGUCAGUUCUCUGGCCGGCCCCAAGAAUAAGAACGAGGUGUCACUGGUGGUCAACCUGUUCCAGUCGAUGCUGGACGGCUUCAUCAGGGGCGAGAUUAAGAAGAUGGACUCAGAGCCGGCUGCCAAGACUAGAAAGAAGAGAAGAAAAAAGGACAAAUGUCCCGAUAGUCCGCUUGAUCACCGCUUCAGCACCUACCAAGUGAACAUCAUGCAGUCAUGUGACCUGUGCGGCUCCUACAUCUGGGGAAUGGAGAAAGCCUACAUGUGCAGCGCGUGCAAGUUAAUAUGCCACAAGAAAUGCCUGAACAAAAUCAUCACUGACUGCUCGACACGCUGCGCUCGCCAAGAUGACAAUGUUCCCGGCGCCCUUCACUUCGGGGUGCAUGUUUGCGUUCUAACCAGCAAGGCCAAUCCCGUGCCCAAGGUGGUGGAGCUGCUGCUGAUGUACGUGGAGAUGAACGGCCUCUACACUGAGGGAAUCUACCGAAAGUCGGGCUCCGCCUGCCGCGCCCGGGAGCUCUAUCAAAUCAUGGAGAUGGACCCCGAGGCGGCCAAUCUGGAAAACUACCCCAUCCAUACCAUCACAGGCCUUGUGAAACGUUGGCUGCGAGAGCUGGCUGAACCGCUCAUGACCUUUUCUCUCUACAGUGACUUCUUGCAUGCCGUGGAGUUCCCAGAGCGGGCUGAGAGAAUACGUGCUGUGUACCAAAAGGUGGAUGAACUUCCCCUUGCCAAUUACAACACACUGGAGCGGCUCAUCUUCCACCUUGUCCGGGUGGCCAGCGAGGAAGAUUACAAUAAGAUGACACCCAGUUCCCUCGCCAUCGUCUUCGCCCCGUGCAUCCUGCGCUCCCCCGACUCCGAUGACCCCUUCCUUGGCAUGAAGGACGUGGGCAAGACGACCACGUGCGUGGAGAUCCUCAUCUCGGAGCAGUUCAGGCGCUACAAGGAGAAGCUGCAGAACAUUCAGCAGCUGGAGUACGCCGAGGCCCUAGCUGUCAAUCAACUUAAGCUGAAGAGACAAAACACGAUUGUGGAAAAACCAUCUGCGCUGGAAAUUCCUGACCAGACUGAUUCGGAUGAGAGGACUCUCAUUGAAAGAAUCAGGUCCAUCAAGCAGGAAAAGCUGGACCUAGCCUGCAGGUUACCCGAUCUGGAGCAGGAAAACUCAGACAAUGAGAUCCUCGACUCGUCAUCGUCCAUGAGCACGGAAAGUCUGGAUGACCGUCUGGGCAGUCUUGACUCGGAAAGUCAGUAGGGAGAGGACAUCAUCAAGCCCGCGUACUUCGCCGCUUCUCUCUCGCCCACCGUGGACGGCAACAAAACGUUCAACAGAAGCUUUGACAACCUGGAAAUUCCUUUCAUUGAGGAAGAGAAAGACGCAACAGACAGUUAACACCAUCCUUGUCGUGGAGUGCACUUUUGUCUUCUAGACUUUUCCAGUUGCCGGUGCUGCGAUGAUAGACAAUCCAGGAUACGUCCCCACAAUAUGUCACAUUUGGGGUAGAGAACCUAUGGACCGUGGACCAUAUGCAGCCCCGCCAGAACAUUUGAGGCAGCCUGGCAUGCCAUUCUGAAAACAAUUAAUGCAUCAAAGGAACAUUUGAUGCACAAAUGAAUAAUAAACGUUUGCAUCAUAUUUUUCCAACAAAUAUAGCAUGGCCUCAGAAGACUUCCUCACCGCUGUUUGAGAGCGACCCCACUGCAUGUCAUUUUACUGUACAUUCAAGGUACUACAUAUAUGGAUUCCUUCUAUGAGGAUGAGCUACGGACUAUAUGAACAAAAAAAGGUUUAUAACUGUACAAAAAAAAAAAGUUUGUAUUGUACAUAGUAUUUCCAUCUGAUUUUUUUGCUUUGACUGAUCCAAUUUCCCCAUUGUUGCUUUUUAGACUGACAUUUUCUCAUUUAAAUUUUUCUCUUCCAUAUAUGCAUGCCUGUACAUUUUAUAUAGGUAGCAUCAAUGGCAAGCUAACUACUUUUGUUCUGUUCCUUAAAAUAAACUGACCAUUUUUUUCCAAU